CCGGAGAGGCUAGGGAGACAGGCGAGGGGUGGGGGGAAGAGUUCAGCCUGAGUCACAGACUUUAUUCACUGAUUCUCGGCGGCUGGACCGAGGCUGCCUCCUGAGGGGACUCCCAACUACUCUCGCACCUCCAAGGUCGCCACCUCCCGCCGUUCCACUCUCAGCCGAACAGACGGACCGGCUGACUCACGAGUUGGCAGCUUUGCGCCCGAGGGUGUCGCGAGCCGAGGCGUUGAGGACCGAGCGCCUCUGGCCCAGCCAGCCGGGCGGGAUGCGGCGCGGGCUGCAGCGCUAACCGCCCCCACGCUGGGCACUGGGCGUACGCGCUCCGGGCUGCAGGCGGAGCGGCGGCGGCGGAGGGGGGGAUGCGCCCGGGACGCGCAAGGCUCCUGCCGCGAGCUGCCAACCCGAGGUGGACCCUAAGGGCUCAUCGCAGGACCGCGUGGACCCCUGCCCUCCGGGGCACGCGGCUGAGGAGCCUCGGGGCCGCGUCUGCGGUCAGGAUGCUCUGGGCACCUCCCUGCUGGUGAGGAUGCCCUACUGCGCGGCUCCGCAUCCCCAGCCCCGGUCCCUGGUGGGCACGACUGCCUGGGCCCGGCUUCGGCCCCUCCUGCCGGUGGAUGAAAAGGGCCGGAGUCCUUGAGUGCGACCGGCUAUCGAAUCUGAAUUCUACGAGCCAUGGAAGGAGGCACUGGGCUGCAGCCCCAGGCGGGAGAGCAGCUGGAGGCCAGCGCCAGAGUAGGAGCGGUCCAAGAGAAGUGCGAACCCGAGACCUUUAGGUCCAAGAGUUUACCCGCCCUGAACAGCGCCUCCUGCAGGCCAGACCUGAAUCCUGCCGGAGAAGACUCCAAGCCCGCCUCUGGCCAUCAGGAGUUGAAGCCAGGCCCUGGCCCGCGGGCCCCCAGCCCCUCCGUCCCGUCUACUUCGGCAGAGAUGGCAGGGCUGGUGGAAAGUCACCACAGGGUGGAAAUCGGCAAACCCAUAUCGGUGUCCUCCACUUUGGCCAUGCUCCAGGGCAGAAGGUGCUUCUAUGUGGUCCUCACCGAUUCCCGCUGUUUCCUGGUUUGCAUGUGCUUUCUGACCUUCAUCCAGGCGUUAAUGGUCUCCGGGUACCUGAGCAGUGUCAUCACCACCAUCGAAAGGCGCUACAGUCUGAAGAGUUCCGAGUCAGGGCUGCUGGUCAGCUGCUUUGACAUCGGGAGCCUGGUGGUGGUAGUGUUCGUCAGCUACUUCGGCGGCCGGGGGCGGCGGCCCCUGUGGCUGGCCGUGGGAGGACUCCUCAUUGCCCUGGGGGCCGCCCUUUUCGCUUUACCUCACUUCAUCUCGCCCCCCUACCAGAUCCAAGAGCUGAACGCCUCGGCGGCCAACUACGGCCUGUGUCAGAAUGGCAACUCCUCGGCCACGACGGAGCCUCCCACCUGCCUCAAGGACUCGGGGGGAAACAGUCACUGGGUCUAUGUGGCUUUAUUCGUUUGCGCGCAGAUUCUCAUUGGAAUGGGCUCCACACCUAUUUAUACCCUGGGACCAACCUACUUAGACGACAAUGUCAAGAAAGAAAAUGCAUCCUUGUACCUAGCCAUCAUGUAUGUCAUGGGAGCACUUGGUCCUGCAGUGGGAUAUUUAUUAGGUGGACUUCUUAUUGGUUUUUACGUUGAUCCCAGAAGUCCCAUUCACCUUAAUCAGGAUGACCCUCGUUUCAUUGGAAACUGGUGGAGUGGAUUCCUCCUUUGUGCCAUUGCAAUGUUUCUUGUGAUAUUCCCAAUGUUUACUUUUCCAAAAAAGCUUCCUCCUCGACACAAGAAAAAGAGAAAGAAAAAAUACUCUGCUGAUGUUGCGGGUGACGAUGACGUUAUGAAGGAGAAAACAAACAAUUGUGAAGAAGUGGACAAAAAAGUUUCUUCUAUAGGAUUUGGAAAGGAUGCCAGAGACCUACCAAGAGCAGCUGUCAGGAUCUUAAGCAACAUGACAUUCCUUUUUGUGAGUUUGUCAUACACAGCUGAGAGUGCCAUUGUAACUGCUUUCAUUACCUUCAUUCCCAAGUUCAUCGAGUCACAGUUUGGUAUUCCAGCUUCCAAUGCCAGCAUCUACACUGGCGUCAUCAUCGUCCCCAGUGCCGGCGUUGGGAUUGUCCUUGGAGGCUACAUCAUAAAAAAAUUGAAACUUGGUGCAAGGGAAUCUGCAAAACUAGCGAUGAUCUGCAGUGGUGUGUCUUUACUGUGCUUUUCAACCCUGUUUAUUGUUGGAUGUGAAAGUAUCAAUCUAGGUGGCAUAAACAUCCCGUAUACAACAGGACCUUCUCUGACCGUGCCUCAUAGGAAUCUGACAGGAAGCUGCAAUGUGAACUGUGGUUGUAAAGUACACGAGUAUGAGCCAGUCUGUGGAUCGGAUGGAAUUACAUACUUUAACCCUUGUCUGGCUGGCUGUGUUAAUAGUGGUAACAUGAGCGCUGGGAUACGGAAUUACACAGAGUGCACCUGUGUCCAAAGCCGCCAAGUGAUCACGCCUCCCACAGUGGGGCAGCGCAGCCAGGUCCGCGUGGUUAUUGUCAAAACGUAUCUCAAUGAGAACGGCUAUGCUGUGUCGGGGAAGUGUAAACGGAGCUGUAACACCCUCAUCCCGUUCUUAGUUUUUCUGUUCAUAGUGACCUUCAUCACAGCAUGUGCCCAGCCAUCAGCCAUCAUAGUAACUCUCAGGUCAGGGAAACUUAUUUUGGGUGCCUUUGGUCCCUGAAGUCUCUACCCUAAAAGGUUCAAGUUCAGGAACUGAAAGCCGUGACCGUUGUAGCUACAAGAAACCUGGCCCUAGAGGAGGCGGCAAGUCAUUUGGGGAAGUUGCUAAAUUGUGCACAUAGCAAAGAAUAUUAUCUCCAACCUUGUAGAUGUUUAAUACUCCAGGAUCCGUGCCAUUGCUGCUGGUCUUGCAGUUCCAAAUGCUGCUUUAAUGAAUUUCACUGUCAUAAAAUUUUGACAUCGAAUCAAGGAAAGGGCAGACCUGGAAACGUAUUUAUUAAGUUGUUCAUGCUGUGCUUUCUUUGCUGUGUUACAUGUCCUGUUCGUGUUGUUUGGCUUCUAAGAGAGAAUGUGAAAGUUACCUGAAUGGAAGCCCUAUUUAAAAUGCUGACACCAGCACAUUCGGAUCAGAGUUUUGGUAUUCGCAGUAAAGACUGCAGUGGACCAAGGAAGGAAGGGGGCAGCGUGGUGAAGAAACAAAAGCACGCCCACGGCAGCCUUAGGGGGGCUGGGAUGCAGGGUGAUGAGGGAGUGAGGGGUGUCAGUCUCUAUUCUCCCUUUUAUGUCCUCCCUGGUUCCUCAGUACCCCACAAUGCUGGGCACCUGGUGGGAUGCAUCUGCUGAGACGUCAUUCUUAGCAGGGCAGUUGGGCUGCUCCCAUGCUUUUUCUGCAUGUUCUGACUUCCCUUCUGUGGGAUGCUGAGUUAGACGAUGUUCAGCCGAUGCAUUCCUUGAUAGAUAACAGCACACGAAAGUCCCAUUGGUCCCAAUGGUUGACUCAGUCAAUUCCUCCAUCAGCAGAUACUUACGGAGUAACAAAACUGUGUUCCACACUGGGGAAAUUGCUGUGAGAAAAUAAAGAAAUUAGCGGAAAAGAGGACAGACAUGCUGGUCCUUGGGAAUUUUACAUUAUAUGCUGAGAACCCUAUGUGUAUGGGAUAGAAAGGAUAAAGUACUUCGUCAUGAAAAAAUGUGAAUCAUUAAUAAUGUAACACUUUGAACUUUAAUUCUACAAGAGAUGUUAAAUAACCCAGAUAAGGGCUGCCCAUUUUAUAAUGUUCAAACAUGGCAGGUCACCAGUUGGCCUCUAACCCAAAACUUGAGAAAAGGAGCCCUUUAAUCUUUACUAAUUACAAAAUCAAUAGACUCCAAUCUUCCUGCCAUGUGGGAAUUACUUGGAGCAUAAGUUUUAGGAAAAGAAGAGAAUGUGAGGUGACUGGGGAGGGUUCAUUCUUUUUCUAACUUUUGACUUGUUUCCUACCCAUUUUGGGACCAUUUUUUAAAAAAACCUGUUUUCUCUAUACUUGAGAAAUUACAGGAGUCAUGUUCAGUGUACACACCUACCAUUCUGGGAAGUGCAGGCAAACAGAGAAAAAGAAUGCAAUAGUUAGGAUAAAAUGCUAUAUAUAUAUAUAUAAUUUUUUUUAACAGAAUUGAUUUUGCAAACUCAGAGCCACUUCUGUACCUUCCGCAAACUCAGUUAGAGCCACUUCUGUACCUUCACCUUCUAUACCUUCAGCUCUGAACCUUUGUCCUUCCACCGUUAUUUACACAAAAAAUAGAGUUAAUCGGAGUUUCUCUGCAGUCUCACUGGGGAGACCGUUACUCGGUGAUGUAGCCAUAAUCGGUCUUGUUCUGCUAUUUUUAGUAAAUUCUAGCAAAUUCAGUAUUUUGGCCCAGCAUGUUUGGUCCCUGGCUCUGCCGCUAAGCAAGCUUGAUUUGACAUUCAUUUUCCUCAGACCAUUAUUCUAAAACAUUUCUUUCUUUACCUU